CUCGUUGUAUAGGUCCAGAUCUUCAGUGAAUUUGAUUUGAUUACUAUUACUUUCCCCCAGUUGCGCAACUUGCUCGCCAUUGGCUUUUUUUUCUGCCGCUCUAUUGUCCUCCCUCUGGCUAGAUAGCUGCCGGUGGAGUGGAGCUCUGGUCGUGCACGGAACAAUCCAUCCAUCAGUCACCCAGUGAUAAAUAGUGUGGUCGGAGAGCGCUCGGCGAGAUUUGCACAUGCACAGCAACCGCUGGUAGGCUACUCAAUCUGUUCCCCAACGGCCCAAUUCCAUGCAAGCACGGCAUGAGUAAUCGCCAAAUCUAACUUUGACCAUCCAUAGCUGGAGCAAGCAGGCUCAGUUCGCCCGCGCUGGCACCCAACUGACCUGCCGUCGCGGGAAAUCAUCGGUACGGACUCGACGCGAACACACUUCUUCAUCCACACCUCAAUGUCGUCCCAAUACCCUCCACCGCCAGGUGCCGAUGAACCGCACUACACGCCUAUCUACCCUGCUCCGCCCCAGCCCUCGAACCCGUCGACGCUGUCUGCCCUGGAUGGCGCCGCCGUUGGGGGUAGUGCACCCCAGCGCAUGCAGCAGCAGCCGCAGCAGCAACAGCACUAUGGCCAGCAGGACAUGUACGCGAAGAUUGAGAACUUGAGCGACGUGUUGCAACAGCAAGCUCAGCAUGCAAGUCAUGCUUUGACCGACCCUCGAAUAGCCGCGCCGCCCGCUGCGCAGAUGGUCGCGCCCAGUCCCGACCAGCACAAGACAAAUCGUUUAAGGAAGGCAUGCGAUUCCUGCAGUAUUCGCAAAGUCAAAUGCGACGAAGCAGGCCCACCGUGCCGAGCGUGCGCAGCUCUUGAGAUCCCAUGCACCUUUGACCGCCCUAGCCGACGUCGAGGUCCCCCGAACCGCCAUGCCGAAGCCAUCAAGAAGAAGCGUCGCCUUGAUGGCAGUGAUGGCACCGGUCCAGACCAACCCAAUCCUGCCUCUCCUACGAAUGCGGCUCACGCCCUUGCUCAAUUGUCCUCGCUUCCGCCUCAGCUCUCCGCUGAAUCCAUAUGUUCCAUCCCCAUUAUGAAUGCUCUGAUAGACGACUUCUUCACCUACAUUCAUCCUCUGUGCCCCUUCCCUCAUGAGCCCUCCUUCCGGGAAGCGUGGGAGAAUCGCGAGGAUGUUAGAAACCCGUCCUUUCUGUCUCUACUCGCGUCCAUGAUCGCCUGCCUGGUGGCUUCGUUCCCGCGAAAGCCGAGGCUACACCUCUCGCAGCAAAAGCGCCACAACUAUCCCUCACACCUGUCUUUGGUGGAUAAAUGCAGAGAAGUAUGCGCUCAAGCACGUGGCGUUGGCUACUUAGACAAGACCACCUUGAACGUAUACGAUGCGUGCACCAGUUAUUUCUUGGGGCUGACCGGCGCAUACAUCUUCCAAUGGAGACAGCUGCGGUUGUACUUCGGAGAGGGCUUGACCAUCAUCCGCUCGUUGGGUCUUCAUAAAUCCGAAGACCAAGGAUUCACGCCCCUGGGAGGACUACCCGAGGCCUUGGGUUCGCAAGGACCGCCGUUUGAUGGUUCGAGCGAUCUGAAGGUGGAUAAGAUCACCGAGCAGAUUGGCCGUAGGGUAUUUUGGACUCUUUUUGUGGGUGUGAGAACCAUGCAACAGCUUGGUGCUUCCUUUGGGGAAUUGAACAUUUCCCCCGCGACGCCGACUGAACAGCUGCCGCCUCUCCCAUUAGAAGUCGACGAUUCGUGCAUCUUUCCGAAUGAAAUCCUUCCACAAGCUCCUGACGUUGUCCCAGAGGUGACUGGCUUCAACAUUAAUGUGCGGAUCUACCUUUCGUAUUCGACAGUGUCGCUGGCGGAGAUGGCAUACGGUUUGGACGAACUAUUCGAUUGGGAUCGUCAGCAACGUAUGCUUGAUGAAGCUCUCCAGCAAUGUAAACGCGCUAUUGAAGGCAUCCCCGAAUGCCUGCAAAUUCGUCCAGGUAAAGACGAUCAGAAUGGGAUCGGAUUGCGCAAACAGCCAUAUUAUCCACCAAUGCCGGAAUUUCUGGACAUGCGCGAUCCGACUUCUAACGAGUUCAACGGUACUGAUUCUCAAGAGGCACGACUUUCAUCUCAGUACGAGAUUCAGAAGGCAAAUAUAUACGCCACGCAUCUCAGUAUACGCUCAUUCCUCGUAGAGAAGUACUUUCUUCUCCUGGAGAAGUCACAAAAUGCCAAAACUCAACUGGCCCUUCAAAGUUCCCCUGGUGCGCCAGUUUCUGGGAUGGAUCGGUUGCUGCCCGUCUCAAACCCCGUUCCAGAUGAACUGGAGAGGAGGAUGUCCGACGAGAGGGACCAGGUGGUUAAGGACUUACUGGUUGUGUUGGGCAGCAUUGACAUGGUCAAUAUGGAACCUAAUGGCGACAGCUUUAAAAUCCGAUCUAUAGCGCGCACUCUGCUUGACGUUCCCAAAGAACGCAAGGGCUCAGCGGCCUUACAGCACCAAGACUACCUCUACAAGUUCCUCGAUGUUCUAAACAAACUUGAACGGAUCAGUCCUGAGACGGACGAGUCCAACGGCGCUGCGCCGGUAGAUGAAGAAGCCGAGCUCAGACAUUGGGCCGAUCUGCGAGAGUAUCAGUUGAAGUUCCAAGAGCAAGGAGGCAUAUACGGAUUCUCUUGAGUUGUGGCUAGACACUUCAGAUGCUCAUGAUCUAUGGCGCGCAGAAAUGCUCUAGGACCGAGUAGCGCAUCAACUCCCGGGCCUUUUGUAAUUUUUUUUUUCCUUUUUUUUCGCGGAUAAAACCUGGGACUCGCCGCUCUGGAUGCGGUGUUUUGAUGGCCACGACACCUACGACACAGAGUACCCUCAAACGCCAAACUAGGCCGGCAAGUCGAACAAGUAUCAAUUUCUAUCAACAAUAUAUUUGUCGACAUGGCUUAGUUCAUAUGGGGAAACUAGCUCCUGGAGAGGAAAAGGAUGUGGUUCGACAGAAUUCGUGGUUUCAAUGCAUGGUUACAUGAUAGCGUACACCUUAUCCCUAACAAAGGGGAAGACAUAAUAAUUUGGGGCAUCUUCAAAUAGUCUGAAAAUUAUCUAUACUGUCGCGUAGCCUACCUCUUCGUAGUGCCUGUCUUGAAUUCAUAGAACUGGUUGUUUUUCUGUAGUUUACGAGUCCCUGAUUUUACAGAUGUAAUUCCACGCAGCCCUCUACAGUUUCCCUCUUUUGGUACAGAUUUAUAAACCUAAGAGAAAGUUGUGACUGUACCGCUUGCCCUAAAUCUCGCGUUCUUUACAC